AUGGGCGCUUCGCUUCCUCCCAAAGAGGCCAACCUCUUCAAAAUCAUUGUCAAAUCCUAUGAAACAAAACAGUAUAAGAAGGGGUUGAAAGCUGCGGAUGCCAUAUUGAAGAAGUUUCCAGAUCAUGGAGAAACUCUUUCAAUGAAGGGUUUGACAUUGAAUUGCAUGGACCGCAAAUCAGAAGCAUAUGAACUUGUCCGGCUUGGUCUGAAGAAUGACGUUAAGAGUCAUGUUUGCUGGCAUGUUUAUGGUCUUUUGUACCGGUCAGACAGGGAAUACCGGGAAGCAAUUAAAUGUUAUCGAAAUGCUUUGAGGAUUGAUCCUGAUAACAUCGAAAUACUACGGGACCUGUCUCUUUUACAGGCUCAAAUGCGUGACCUAGCAGGUUUUGUUGAAACAAGACAGCAUUUACUGAGUCUGAAACCAAAUCAUCGUAUGAAUUGGAUUGGCUUUGCUGUUGCCCACCACUUAAACUCGAAUGGAUCGAAAACAGUAGAUAUCCUUGAAGCAUAUGAAGGGACUCUUGAAGAUGAUUGUCCACCAGAUAAUGAACGUUGUGAGCAUGGCGAAAUGCUGCUGUACAAGAUUUCUUUGUUAGAGGAAUGUGGUUUUUUUGAGAGAGCUCUUGAGGAGUUGCACAAGAAAGAGUCUAAAAUUGUUGAUAAAUUAGCGUACAAGGAACAAGAGGUUGCUCUUCUUGUGAAGCUGGGUCACCUUGAAGAAGGCAAAAAGCUGUACAGGAUUCUGCUUUCUAUGAAUCCUGAUAAUUAUAGAUAUUAUGAAGGGCUACAAAAGUGUGUUGGAAUUCAUUCAGAAAGUGGCCAAUAUUCCUUGGAUGAAAUUGAUCGGUUAGAGGCCUUGUACAUAUCACUUGGGCAGCAAUACAAUAAGUCAUCUGCUGUUAAGGGUGUUCCUUCAUUAUUUUCUGAUCUUUCUCCUCUCUACGAUCACCCUGGCAAGGCAGACAUUCUAGAGCAGUUGAUUCUUGGGUUGCAACACUCAAUCAAGACAAUUGGUGGAUACCCCGGGCGGAUGGACAAGGAGCCCCCGUCGACACUUCUGUGGGUUUUGUUUUAUUUAGCUCAGCAUUAUGACAGACGAGGUCAAUAUGACAUUGCUCUGGAAAAAAUUGACGAGGCUAUAGAACACACUCCAACUGUGAUUGAUUUAUACACGGUCAAGAGUCAGAUAUUAAAGCAUUCUGGUGACUUGGCAGCUGCUGCUGCAUUGGCAGAUGAAGCUAGAUGUAUGGAUCUUGCAGAUCGCUACAUCAAUAGCAAAUGUGUUAAACGUCUGCUGCAGGCUGAUCAGGUUGCGCUGGCAGAAAAGACAGCCGUAUUGUUCACAAAAGAUGGGGAUCCACACAAUAACCUUCAUGAUAUGCAAUGCAUGUGGUAUGAAAUUGCGUCUGGUGAAAGUUACUUCCGUCAAGGUGAGCUUGGACGGGCUUUGAAGAAAUUCUUAUCUGUGGAGAAGCAUUAUGCAGACAUCACAGAAGACCAGUUUGAUUUCCAUUCUUACUGUUUAAGGAAAAUGACUCUGCGGACUUAUGUGGAAAUGCUGAAAUUCCAAGAUCGGCUCCAUUCACAGCCUUAUUUUCGCAAAGCAGCAACUGGAGCCAUCAGAUGCUAUUUAAAGUUGUAUGAUUCUCCUCCAAAGUCAUUAGCUGAAGAGGAAGAUGAAAUGGCUAAGUUGGCUCCUUCUCAGAAAAGGAAAAUGAGGCAAAAACAGAGAAAGGCAGAAGCCCGAGCCAAGAAAGAGGCAGAAGUGAAAAAUGAGGAAUCAAGUGCAAGUGGUGUUGGUGUUUCUAAAACUGGAAAACGCCAUGUCAAACCAGUAGAUCCGGACCCACAUGGAGAAAAACUAUUGCAGGUUGAAGAUCCUUUGUUGGAAGCUACAAAGUACUUGAAGCUGCUUCAGAAACAUUCACCUGAUUCCUUAGAGACACAUUUGCUUUCGUUUGAAGUAAAUAUGAGAAAGCAGAAAAUCUUGCUGGCUUUCCAGGCUGUAAAGCACCUACUCCGGUUAGAUGCUGAAAACUCAGACUCCCAUCGCUGCUUGAUAAGAUUUUUCCAUAAAGUGGGGUCCAUGCCUGCUCCAGUGACGGACACUGAGAAAGUCAUUUGGGGUGUAUUGGAAGCUGAGCGGCCUAAUUUGAGCCAGUUGCAUGAGAAAUCUCUCAUCGAGGCAAACACCUUUUUCCUUGAGAAGCACAAAGAUUCCUUGAUGCAUAGAGCAGCAGUAGCAGAAAUGUUAUAUCUUUUGGAACCAAACCAGAAGGCUGACGCUGUCAAAUUAAUUGAAGAAUCAUCCAACAACCUGGUGUCAACAAAUGGAGCACUUGGACCUGUCGGGGAAUGGAAACUCAAAGACUGCAUAACAGUUCACAGACUUCUAAGAACAAUUUUGAUUGAGAUUGAUGCCGCAUCAGGAUGGAAAGUGCGAUGUAAAGAGUACUUCCCAUACUCAACAUACUUCGAAGGCAGCCACAGCUCUGUUGUGGCAAAAUCGACUUACAAUGAGAUACACAAGAACCUCGAAAAUAGGGGUGCAAAUCAUCCAGAUGGUAGUCAAAUCAGAGAGCCUCUUUCAGCGAAUGGAAUAGAAAAACUCAAGGCAUUUAAGGAUCUUGCCAUCUAAUCACAUAAUAUGGUGGACACAUUUUGUUAGCUUUUUGCACAAGGUUGACCAAGACGGGGUGAUGAAGAGUCACAAAACCACGUUGAGGCUUCAGGAAUAUACCUGGAUGCAAGGAGAAAGCACGGCCAGCAAGGUGAUUUUGAGGUUUUGUGGAAGUUAUGGUGAGGGUCAAUUUAGUGUUGGUUUGAGAUUGAAUUUUCUUUUUACCCAGUUCAAUCUCCACGCUAUUCUGGUAUGCAUUUCUUUGCAAGUGUAUAAUUCUACUUCCAUUGUGUCUCAAAAGUUAAUGAAUUCACGCACUUUCUGGUGGAAUCAUGUGCGAGGGGUUCUAUGGUUUUGUAUCACAACAUUUUUGAACUACUUUUAGGUCAGAGGGGGCACUGCAGAAGUUCUUCCGGGUACUUGUCCUAUCCCUAGAACAACACCACACCAUGACCGACCCAUGUCAAGAGCAUGUUGUAUUUGCUUCGUUUCUUUUACAAUUAUUCAUAAUGUAUAAAUACUACUUAAUGUGGGGCAAUUUUGUCAUGGAAUCAUACAAGUAAACAGUUGAUUGACAUUGCAGCAAUUUUGAGUCUUAUUAUCUGUUCCUUUGGAUUCAUUUGAUAAGAUGUACAUGUACUUGAUGCCUGUCCUAAAUU